UUGAGUUGUUUUAAAUCAAUAAUAUUGUUUAUUUACACAAUUUUUGCUCUGAAAUAUGACAAUAAUUAUCAUAACAUACUAUUUAUGAUAAAAACCAAUAAUUAUUCGAGUAAACUCAAACAACAUACGUAGACUACCAGUGCUUACGUGUAAUUUCUAAUAGAAAAACUACAGCAUAGUUAUGAAUAAAAAGCCAAAAAGUGGUCCAAGGAUUCGUAUAACAAGACAAGCUUUACGUAAAAAGGAAGAAGGCACUGAAGGGAAAGACGAAAGUAACUUCAUUUACACGUGUCAAUACUGUCGUGUUAAGUUCACACAAAACAGUCAUUUCUUCCGUCACAUGACAUCAAAUCAUCAAGCCCAACAAAAAGAAGCUACUUACGAAUGUAAUGAGUGUCAAAUUAUCUUCACAAAGAAGAAUAUGUUAGACUUACACUACAAAAAGCGUCAUCAAAUAAAAAGUAAAUCGAAAUGUGAAUCGUGUGCAAUAACAUUUAAAUCUCGUUAUUGUUUACGUCGUCAUAUGAAAUUGAAGCAAAUUAUGAAUGAAAAUUCAUGUGUGAAGUGUCAGAAGAAGUUUACUAAUAAAGAUUUACUUUUAAAGCACGUUAAAAAUAAGCAUACCUUUAAAAAUGCGACAUAUCAAUGUGAAAUUUGUACACUAAAUUAUAAAGCUAAGAAAUCUUUACAAACUCACUUAAGUAGGGUACAUAAGAGAUUAUGAUUAAUGUAAUUU